AUGGCGGGGGGUGUUGUGCAGCGGUUUGGGAAGUGGUUUUGGAAUGAAGAUGUUUGGUUGCCGCCGAACUUCACAUGGGCGGACAUUAAGAAGACGGAUAAAGUAAAAUACGCCCAGUUUGACGACCUGUACUACGGAUUCCUGGUGGCUCUAGUACUUCUUGUUAUACGCUAUACGCUUGAAAGGCUGGUAUUCUGCCCGCUGGGUGUGCGAUUGGGCCUGCGGCAGCGAGUGCACAAGGCCCCUGACAACCAUGUGCUGGAGAAGGCAUACCUCACUAAUGGCAAGAUGGGUACCAAGCAGGUGCAAGGGCUGGCUCGCCAGCUUGAGUGGACCGAGCGCCGUGUCCAGCGCUGGAUUCGGCAGCGCGUUCUUCAGGAGAAGCCCUGCACCUUGGACAAGUUCACCGAGAGCACGUGGAGGUUCACAUUUUACUUCAGCAUAUUUUGCUAUGGAUUGUACACACUUUCAGAUAAACCAUGGUUGUGGGACACGAUGCACUGCUGGUACGACUAUCCUCACCACUCUGUCACCAAUGACCUCUGGUGGUACUACAUGAUCGAGCUGGGGUUCUACGUGUCACUGACGAUGUCACAAUUUAUAGACACCAAACGCAAGGACUUCUGGCAGAUGUUUGUCCACCACAUCCUCACCAUAGUACUCUUGUCACUGUCAUGGGCCUGCAACCUGCACCGCAUAGGCAGUCUGGUGCUCAUUGUGCACGACUUUGCUGACGUGCCGCUUGAGGCAGCUAAAAUGGCCAAGUACGUAAAACGUCAGCGCCUUGCAGAUGCUGCCUUCGCUGUGUUCACCAUCUGCUGGUUGGUGUCCAGGCUGGGGCUCUACCCAUACAGGGUCAUCUACUACACUAUGUUUGAGGCGGUGAAGGUGAUUGAGAUGUUUGCUGCCUACUACAUCUUCAACUCACUGCUGGUCGCCCUGCAGUUCCUGCACAUAGUCUGGACUUGGAUGAUUGCUCGAAUGGCGCUGCAGGCCAUUACAAGCAAUGGGGUCAAGGACUUGCGCAGCGAUGAUGAGUCAAGCAGCCAGGAGGACGAGAAGACUCCUCAGAACAGCCAUGAGUCCGGCGACUUCAAGCGGCACAAGAGCCGUAAAGCCGACUAGAGCCGAGCCAACCAUCAAGAAAAGGGCCAUGCACGAUUCCCCGUGACAACUGCCGGCAUGCAUUGACACUUGCGGCUCUGCACCCCCUUUCAGCCCCUCUUUUCUGUUCUGCCUUCUUGCUAGGUGUUUUUUUUUUUAACAUCUUUAGAUGUUUGUUACAGUAAGUUGAGUAUGGAGGGGUAGGUCUAGAUGAUACUCAAAAAGAAUGCAGACUCGGGGUCAUUGCGCUUGAAUAAGAACCGUGUACGUGUCUCUCUGUGCAAGGAAGUUUAGGGGGGUCUGCUAUUUCCUUUUCCUGGCUUGCAACCACGCUGCAAAAGCUUAAGGUCACACCAGCGCUGGCCCAUGUUCAAAACAACAAGGUUAUUUAUGUCUGCUACAUUGCUAAGCCUAGGGCAUAUGUGUAGUGCAUAUGACCUCGGGAGGGCUUUGCUCGAGGCUCUGAAUUUACCAUACCUCAGUACAUCCGAUGGUUGCAGCCGUAAGGUUUUUGUGCACUUAUUUCUGGGUGGAUUGGUCUGCUCAUGUGCAGACAAUGCAAAUGAUCCUGCAUUCCUCAGGCCAUAAAAAUAUUCAGGAGUAUGCAUUUUAUUUAUUAAUAUAUUUCCCCUCUAUUUGAGUUGAAGCUGUUAUGGACACUGAGUAUCGUUGAAGAGCAGAAGGCAGCCUGAACAUGAUCAGCUGUGUGGUCAUUUUCAGAGUAGUGAAAUGUCCCUUUCAUAUUCAAGUAGCUAAGUCUUUUACUGUUUAGUUGCUUGGGAUGACAUAGCAUACAAAGUAGCUCCUGCAAACAAUUAGCGAGCAGGGUGUGCUGUAUACGCUUAGGUGCCAGGCCAGCCUUUUACUCUUGCAGCGUGGUUUUCCGAUGUCCUGUCUGGGUUCCCUAUUGUGUUGGGCUGCGCAGCAGGCAAGUCUGUUCUCCCCACCACCGCACGCGUGACGCCAAUCUGGGCACCGUACUCUGUGGCCACUUCCUUGCUGAGUGCUUGGCCCAAGUGGCUGACUAUGGUGUCAAGUCUAAGCUGGGUUCCACUCAACCUCGCGAGGCGGAGGGCAGCUUGCAUAGCUUGCGAAUGUGACCAUUUGUGGCGGCAUUAAGUGCCAUAAACUCUGAUGUGUGUGUGUUAAGCCAUUGCCACGUGCCAGGCCAGCUCCUUGCAGAGCAUGAAACUGAUACCCAAGGCAUAGCAGUUGGAGGGAACCCCGAGGCCAGGAGGUGGUCGCAGAGUUAGAUGUGUCCCCUUCUGAAGAAGCAGGCACCGCGGGUGGUGCGGUGUGGCUGGAGCAGGAGGGCAGCAUGUGACAAGCUGUGUGCACGCCCACGGGGUGGCCCCUCUUGCUGCCAGGAGAGGCGGGCCGUUCCGAUUCUUCUGUCCUUGUUCUCCGUCUGUGCUGCUGCACCGUGGGUUGGAAGGUUUUCUUGAACAGCAAGGGUGGCCGGACCUGUGGGCUUCUGUCAUGCAGGCAGUGCUGCAAGCUCGUGUUUGUACCCUUCAGGCUGCAUGUGUAAGGUCUUGCAGCAGGCGUUUACCAGGUGUGUGGUGAAUCAACAAGACUUCUUGGAGUCCUUGCUGUGUUGCUAAUGUGAGGAGUCUGAGUUGACAAGACUUUACAGUGUGUUUUGCUUAGGUGAUCAGCAACUGAUAGUGGUUUUGAUUCAGAUAGAAAGGACUGGACUGCACAAUUGUCUGCUGAACGUUGCAGUGCUGCUUGCAUGGUGGGAGCCCCUUUCCUGUUGCUGUUAGUGCGUCGGCUUGCUCGAGACGGGCUUCUAUGUGCCUAGUGCAGCAGGACUUUUCUAGAUUCUGUUACCGUGACAGCACAUAUCUUCAGAAACCCAGGAGGUCCCAGCAAUAGUUCUGCAGCUUUUGCCAAGGCACUCCCCAGAGCUUGUCACUACUUCAGAUCUGGGGUGUUUUGUGUUUAGCUUAGCGAGAGUGACACACUGCCCUGGGUGGAAGAAAGGAUAGAAGCUGCAGGACUUGGUCGGGCUACUUUAACCUCUCUUUGAAGAUGUCGCGACCUCUUCUCUGAGCCCGUACACUCCGAGCCGCAUUGGUCUGUAGCACUUAACCGAAGCAGGUCCUCGAGGAGCAGAAUGGGUGGUAGUGGUUCUGUCGCGAGAGUCAUUUCUUAAAUCUUGGCAGCAGCUCGCAAGAAUGGUUGUGCCCCAUUUGUGUGCAGUUUUGUUGUGUGCCUGUGUUUCUCCCCCUUCUUUUUAUUUUUGUCUACCACUCAAUAACGAUGCUUUUGUCAUUGUCUAGCAUAGAGAGAACCAAAGAGUAUUUUUGUAUUGCUGCUGCUGCAACAUAUGUACGUUAUUCUUA